AUGGUUUCAGAUGCAUAUGUUCAGAACAUGGAAGAAGAACCUAACCUCGAGGCAAAACAAUUUUAUGAUAUUUUGGAGGCUGCUAAACUUCCAAUAUAUGAUGGGUGUACAAAAGGCCUUUCACAGUUAUCUUUGGCAGCUCGGUUGAUGAAUCUAAAGACAGAUUAUAAUCUUCCUCAGAACUGUAUGGACUCAAUCUCUCAAAUGGUGAAAGAAUAUUUGCCAGAAGGUAAUGCUUCUUUGGAUUCUUACUAUGAUACAAAGAAACUUUUGCGGUCAUUGGGGUUGCCAUACCACAAAAUUGAUGUAUGUCAAGAUAAUUGCAUGCUUUUUUGGAAAGAGGCUGAAAAUGAAGAAAAAUGUCGGUUCUGCAAAAAAGAUAGAUUUCGUCCUACUAAAAAGCUUGGAAGGAAAAGAGUUGCAUAUCGCCAAAUGUUCUAUCUACCGAUAUCUGAUAGACUGAAAAGAUUAUAUCAGUCGAGAAGUACUGCAGUACACAUGAGAUGGCAUGCCGAGCACUUGACUAAGGACAAGGAAAUGUCUCAUCCAUCAGAUGGAGAAGCAUGGAAACACUUUAACGAGGUAUUCCCUGAUUUUGCAAAAGAGGCAAGAAAUAUUUAUCUUGGGUUAUGCACAGAUGGUUUCAAUCCAUUUGGUAUGUCGGGACAUAAUUAUUCAUUAUGGCCUGUUAUAAUGACUCCGUAUAAUCUGCCUCCAGAGAUGUGCAUGAAACAAGAAUACAUGUUCUUGACAGUUUUAGUCCCUGGUCCUAACCAUCCUAAGAGAAGUCUCGAUAUUUUUCUUCAGCCAUUAAUAGAUGAGUUGAAAGAUUUGUGGUCUAACGGCGUUCAAGCAUUCGAUAUUUCUACCAAACAAAACUUCUCAUUAAAAGUUGUAUUAAUGUGGACGAUAAGCGACUUCCCUGCUUAUGGUAUGCUUUCUGGAUGGACAACUCAUGGUCGGUUGGCUUGUCCUUAUUGUAUGGAUGAGACUAAUGCAUUUCAGUUGAAGAAUGGUAGAAAAACAAGUUGGUUUGAUUGUCAUCGGUGUUUUCUCCCAUUAGAUCAUAGUUAUCGGCGAAACAAGAAGAGCUUUAAAAGAGGAAGGGCUGAGACUGGUAGCCCCCCUGAGUUGCUAACAGGUGUAGAACUUUGGCAGGGACAUGUCAACCGUUUGCCCAAAACAGUUGAUUGUGGAGGAAAUCAUGGACGAAUACAAGGAUAUGGUGAUACUCACAACUGGCAUAAGCAGAGCAUUUUUUGGGAGUUACCUUACUGGAAAUAUCAUAAACUUCGACACAAUCUUGAUGUAAUGCACAUCGAGAAAAACUUUUGGGAUAAUAUCAUCAAUACCUUACUGAAUGUGCAAGGAAAGACAAAAGAUGAUAUUAAAUCGCGGCUUGAUUUGAAAGAGUAUUGUAAUCGGAAAGAGUUGCAUUUAACAUCUGAUGGGAAGGCUCCAGUCCCAAUUUUUAGAUUGCAAGCUGAUGCUAAAAAGACUUUUUUACAGUGGCUGAAAGAAGAUGUUAAGUUUUCAGAUGGAUAUGCUUCAAGUAUAUCCGGGUGCGUUGAUCUUGCUGGAGGAAAGUUAACCGGAAUGAAAAGCCAUGACUGCCAUGUUUUUAUGCAACGGUUACUUCCAGUUGCAUUUGCUGAACUUUUGGAUAAGUCUGUACACGAGGCUUUAUCUGGGGUUAGUUCAUUUUUUCGGGAUAUUUGUGCAAGAAUUUUACAUAAAGAUGAGGUUAUGAUGCUGCAUCAGAAUAUUGCAAUGGUUCUCUGCAAUCUUGAAAAGAUAUUUCCUCCUUCUUUUUUUAAUGUAAUGGAGCAUUUACCAGUUCACUUGCCACACGAAGCUCAACUUGGAGGACCGGUGCAAUUUAGAUGGAUGUAUCCUUUCGAACGUUAUAUGUACCACCUCAAGAAAAAGGUUAAAAAUAAGGCUAAAGUAGAAGGCUCAAUCGUGGAACAAUACGUAAAUGAAGAAAUUUCAACAUUUUGUUCUUAUUAUUUUGAGUCGCACAUCAAAACAAAGGGUCGUACAGAAGCUCGGCAUUAUGAAGGAGGUGAUGAUCAAUAUACACACCAACUUGGUGAUAUUCCAGAUAUGUUUUCCCAGCGUGGGAGAAGUAGCGGUAAAGCAAAGGAUAUAUGGCUUCAAACAAAAGACUACCAUCAUGCACAUACAUAUGUUCUGCUAAAUUGUGAACAAUUAAGACCAUUUGAAAGGUUGUUUGAUGAGAUCAUGAUUGCUGAUCAUCCGGGUAUAAGUGAUGAUGAUCUAAUCACUCUUAAAGAAAAAGAAUUUGCAAAUUGGUUGCAAAAACAUGUGGAGGAUAACUGUAUUGCUAAAUCAUAUCCGGAAUGGUUGCAGUCACUUGCUCAUGGUCCAAUGAUAAAAGUAACUUCAUGGCCAAUUUAUUUUUCUCGAGGUUAUACAUUUCACACGUACGAUCAUGGGAAAGAAAAAAAAACUGCCAACUAUGGAGUUUGUGUGAAAGGUACAUCAUCUUGUGGAUCGAAUGAUGAGCCUGAUUUUUAUGGAAUACUAAGAGAGAUUUUAGAACUCCACUAUCCUGGACCUGUUGAUCUGAAAGUUGUGGUUUUCUUUUGUGACUGGUAUGACUCAACCAGUGGAAGAGGUAUCCGGAAAAACAAGUCAGGCAUCAUUGAUGUUAAUGUCACAAAGCGUUAUAGAAAAUAUGAUCCUUUUAUUUUGGCUUCACAAGCAGAUCAAGUAUGUUACGUUCCGUAUCCGCGUGUAACUCGGAAAAGAGAUCAACAAUGGGAAGCAGCAAUAGUGAUACAACCAAGAGGAAGAAUUUUGGUUAAUGGGAAGUUAGAUUUUACUGCAAUGCAGUCUGAAAAUGAUUCUCCAGUUAUGAAUGUUGAUUCGAUGCAAGUCGAGACAUUAACAAAUCUACAUGGCCAAGCAGAGUACCUUGAUGAUGUGAGUGAUAAUGAUGAAUCUGGAUCAGAUGAUGAAGAUGGAAAUUCAGAUAUUGAAGUGUCGGAAGAAGAGUCUGAUUAA